CACUGGAAGCGCAAGAUGGCGACGGCGUCUGCAACCUCGGCUUCGGAACCGGAGGCCGAGCCCAAGUCCGGCCCCAAGACUGAGGGAGAGGAGGAUGAAGUUAAGGCGGCUCGGACGAGGAGGAAGGUGUUGUCGCGAGCUGUGGCCGCUGCGACGUACAAGACCAUGGGGCCAGAGUGGGAUCAGCAGGAGGAAGGCGUGAGCGACAGCGAUGGGGGUGAGGAGUACGCCAUGGCUUCCUCCGCGGAGAGCUCCCCCGGGGAGUACGAGUGGGAGUACGACGAAGAGGAGGAGAAGAACCAGUUGGAGAUCGAGCGGCUGGAGGAGCAGCUGUCUAUCAAUGUCUAUGACUACAACUGCCACGUGGACCUGAUCAGGCUGCUGCGGCUGGAAGGGGAGCUUACCAAAGUGAGGAUGGCCCGCCAGAAGAUGAGUGAGAUCUUUCCCUUGACUGAAGAGCUCUGGCUGGAGUGGCUACAUGACGAGAUCAGCAUGGCCCUGGAUGGCCUGGACCGCGAGCACGUGUAUGACCUCUUUGAGAAAGCUGUGAAGGACUACAUUUGUCCUAACAUUUGGCUUGAGUAUGGCCAGUACUCAGUUGGUGGGAUUGGUCAGAAAGGUGGCCUUGAGAAAGUUCGCUCUGUGUUUGAAAGGGCUCUCUCGUCCGUCGGUUUACAUAUGACCAAAGGACUCGCCAUCUGGGAAGCUUACCGAGAGUUUGAAAGUGCAAUUGUGGAAGCUGCUCGGCCCAUAGCUGGCUUCCUUUCCCCUUUUGACCGGGAACAAACCUUUGAUUCACAGCUUGAGAAAGUCCACAGUCUCUUCCGGCGACAGCUGGCGAUCCCACUGUAUGAUAUGGAGGCCACAUUUGCAGAGUAUGAAGAAUGGUCAGAAGACCCAGUACCAGAAUCGGUAAUUCAGAACUAUAACAAAGCGCUGCAGCAGUUGGAGAAAUAUAAACCCUAUGAAGAAGCACUGUUGCAAGCAGAGGCACCAAGGCUAGCAGAAUACCAAGCAUAUAUCGAGUUUGAGAUGAAAAUUGGCGAUCCCGCCCGCAUUCAGUUGAUCUUCGAGCGUGCCCUGGUUGAGAACUGCCUUGUCCCAGACUUGUGGAUCCGUUACAGUCAGUACCUAGACCGGCAGCUGAAAGUAAAGGAUUUGGUUUUAUCCGUACAUAACCGUGCUGUUAGAAACUGUCCCUGGACAGUUGCCCUAUGGAGUCGCUACCUCUUGGCCAUGGAGAGACAUGGAGUUGAUCAUCAAGUGAUUUCUGGAACCUUUGAGAAAGCUUUGAAUGCUGGCUUCAUCCAGGCCACUGAUUAUGUGGAGAUUUGGCAGGCGUACCUUGAUUAUCUGAGGAGAAGGGUUGAUUUCAAACAAGACUCCAGUAAAGAGCUGGAAGAAUUGAGGUCCACAUUCACUCGUGCUUUGGAGUAUUUGAAGCAGGAGGUUGAAGAGCGUUUCAAUGAGAGUGGAGACCCAAGUUGCAUGAUCAUGCAAAACUGGGCUAGGAUUGAGGCUCGACUGUGCAAUAACAUGCAGAAAGCUCGAGAACUCUGGGACAGCAUCAUGACCAAAGGAAACGCCAAGUAUGCCAACAUGUGGCUUGAGUAUUACAACCUGGAAAGGGCACAUGGUGACACCCAGCACUGCCGGAAGGCUCUGCACCGGGCCGUCCAGUGCACCAGUGACUACCCAGAGCAUGUCUGUGAAGUGUUGCUCACCAUGGAGAGGACAGAAGGUACUUUAGAAGAUUGGGAUAUAGCUGUUCAGAAAACUGAAACUCGUUUAGCUCGUGUGAAUGAGCAGAGAAUGAAGGCUGCAGAGAAGGAAGCAGCCCUUCUGCAGCAAGAAGAAGAAAAGGCUGAACAACGGAAGAAGGCCCGGGCUGAGAAGAAAGCAUUGAAAAAGAAGAAAAAGACCAGAGAUGCAGACAAAAGCAAAGCAGACGAGGACGAUGAGAAAGAGUGGGGUGAUGAUGAAGAAGAGCAGCCUGCAAAACGCAGAAGAAUGGAGAACAACAUCCCUCCAGCUGCAGAAGCACAAGACAUGGAAGUGGAAACAGGGCUCACUGCGAGAUGUGCUCCUGUGGAUGUUGACCCCCCACCCAAGCAGAAGGAGAAGGCAGCCUCCUUGAAGAGGGAUGUGCCCAAGGUGCCCCACGACAGCAGUAAGGACAGCAUCACCGUCUUUGUCAGCAACCUGCCCUACAGCUUGGGGGAGCCAGAUGUCAAGCUCAGGCCUCUCUUUGAGACCUGUGGGGAGGUAGUCGAGAUCCGCCCCAUCUUCAGCAACCGUGGGGAUUUCCGAGGCUACUGCUACGUGGAGUUUAAAGAAGAGAAGUCGGCCCUCCAGGCCCUGGAGCUGGACCGCAAGAGUGUAGAAGGGAGGCCAAUGUUUGUUUCCCCCUGUGUGGAUAAGAGCAAAAACCCUGAUUUUAAGGUGUUCAGGUACAGCACUGCCCUGGAGAAACACAAGCUGUUCAUCUCGGGCCUGCCUUUCUCCUGCACUAAAGAGGAACUAGAAGAAAUUUGUAAGGCUCAUGGCACUGUGAAGGAUCUCAGGCUGGUCACUAACCGGGCUGGCAAACCAAAGGGUCUGGCCUAUGUGGAGUAUGAAAAUGAAUCCCAGGCAUCGCAGGCUGUAAUGAAGAUGGAUGGCAUGACUAUCAAAGAGAAUGUCAUCAAAGUGGCAAUCAGCAAUCCCCCUCAGAGGAAAGUUCCAGAGAAGUCAGAGACAAGGAAAGUACCAGGUGGCCCCAUGGUGCCACGACAGAUGUAUGGAGCGCGUGGGAAGGGACGCACCCAGCUCUCCCUGCUGCCUCGUGCCCUGCAGCGCCCGAGCACCGCAGCUCCUCAGGCCGAGAAUGGCCCGGCCCCACGUCCAGUGGUUGCUGCCUCAGCGGCCACCGAGGCACCCAAGAUGUCCAAUGCCGACUUUGCCAAGUUGCUUCUGCGAAAGUGAAUGAGACUGAGAGAGACGGGAAAUGCCUUACUUGAUGCUGGCCAGGCAGACCACCCACCACACGGUGGCACCUGGGUACGGAAGGGCGGUGCAGCGCCCACUCGCUACCACAGAUUUUCCUCCAGUUUAGACAGAACAGGAAAGGGGGUUUUACGUGGAGAGGCUUUCAGUGCUCCCUCAUAUUGAGGGCAAUAGGAGGAAAACAGUCACUCCACAGGUUGGGCCCCAGGUGUGGUGUCCUGAGAUGCUUUUGUGGCUUGAAGAGUGAGGAACAGGAGAAACUGGAACACACAGUUCUAGGGACCCAUUUGUGCAGAUGUUUUUGGCCAGCUCUGGCCCCUUUUUAUAAGACACUUCUGUUACACCUUGUACAGCACAUGUGCCCGUCACUCUUUUUAAUUUUUAAUAGACGAAAUGGCAGAUGCUAGUAAUUCACCAGAAUGGCCUAUUUAGUAAAGGGGUGGGGAUGGGGGAAGUCACAUAAAAAACAUUUGGUGAAUUUUUGUUCAAGGGGGCUGUGCAUUUUUAUAUUAUGUAUUUGUAAAUGACACGUCAACCUGUUUUGUUUUGUAAAAGCAUAAUAUUCACAUUUGUUUUAUAUAAGAAUUCUGUGUGCCACCUGCUGUGGACCAUUUUCUUUGCCUAAUGACUAGUGAACUGUGUUCUUUGUUUAAACAUUUGAGUUUCAGCCCUUUGGUUUUGUUUAAAUACCAUGUCAACUGCAAACUUAAAUUCUUCCCAUUUAGCUUUGUUUAUUAAACUGAAGUUCUCUUGAAAACUUCUUGCCGAAUGGUACUCAGAUGUGCAUUCACAUAUGGUUGUAUUUUGAAAUGGGUGUACCUUGCUUUACCUAAUAGAUGUGUAAAUAGAACUUUUGUAAGUCAAAUCCUGCUGUCACUUUGGUUUAAAUUAUUUCAGCUGUGAUGUGUCUUUAGUUUUAAACUUCGGCUUACAGCAAUUUGACACUUUAGCUUUUAAGCUUUUUUGCCUCUCAUCUGUUAUCAAAUAUUUACUGCUUUGAAAGCAGUACUGCCAGUUCAGUAGGGGAAACUUACUUAAUGAAGGCAUUCUGGAGAAGAACAUCAAGGAAUCCUUUUAUAUAUAAUGGGAAUCAGUUCCUCAUUUAUCUGUUUUGUUAAAGUUUUUGUGCAUGAAUCAGGCUUUCCUACAUUUUCUUAACAUUUUUUAAUGGAAAAUUUUAAACAGAUAAAAAAGUACAGUAAAAUAAACUCCUGCGUGCCUAUUGAGCUUCGAGCAUUCCUCAGCUCACAGCCAUCUACUUCAUUUCUCUCUGCCCCAUCUUUCUCCCCUCUUCUAUUAUAUUGAGGCCCAUCCAUUAAUAUUGUAGCAUGUGUCUCUAAAACAUAAGGACUUAAAGGCCAUAGUUUUCUCAUCACUCCUGGAAACAUUAGUGAUAAUACCUUAAUGUCAUUGACUAUCCAAAUUUCAA